AUGAACGGACACACACCCUUAGAACAUGCAGUAUAUGGACCUCUCCCACCAUGUGCCUAUCCAUCAGCACGACCAUACUCAGGAUUCACCACUCUCUUACAUCGGUUCAGCCAGUAUGAGCGUGCCCGCGCUGAAAUAGCUGUCAUGUAUCACGACAUGGUAGCGGAGACAUCCUCUCUAGGAAGUAGCAUAGAACUGUCAGAUAUGAGCAGGUCAUCAUCAAUGGACGAUCAGCGUGUAGCCCUGACGGAUCGUCAAGUCAUCAAAUUGGAGGUUGGAAGGUUGGGUGCUGCUGUCGAACGACUCAACAAGGCUAGAAUCACCGUUGAUAAACAGACGGCCACAUCAUCAUCAACACCUGCUCAAAAAUCACCAACAAGCCCAGAGUCUAUGACAUUCAACUCGGCUGAAACGCUUCACAAGUCUAUGCUGAGGCAUGCUCCAUCUGAACGUGAAAAGAUGAUGUUCAUUUCAGAUCUGGUACAAAAGCUGGAUUCACGACGACGAUAUGAAAAUCAAGCUGCUGUCAUGAGACCAAAAACACAACGCCCAUAA